AUGCUUGUUCAUAUUAAUGGUGAGUUAGAAACACAACUUCGCGACGAAACAACAACAAAUAUUGUAAUCAGUGAUAAUCGAAAUCGACACAACUUUGCUGUAACACUAUAUGCAGAUGCUGUCUAUUCUGUUCGUAUCCAAUUGGAUUGUUCUCGACAGUACGACAGCGAUUUACGGCAAGCCGACUGUAACUUUGCUCAUCAUGUGAAUGUAUGGAUUGAUCUGAAUGAUGAUGGACAGUUUGACGCAUCUGAGAACCGAGUUUAUCAUCAGUCAUCAGUCAAUACUGAAAUUUCAGGAGAUAUGCAUGAUUUACAAAUUUUCAUACCUAUUAUUGAUGAUACAACUACAAAAGCUGGGCAACAUCGGAUGCGCCUCAGUGUGAUACGAAGUGAAGCUUACCGCAGACAAUGUGGCAAUACUGAUCAUGUCGAAACACGAGAGUACACAGUUAAGAUCAUACCGAGAAAAAUAUGUCGAGAUUUUUCAAGGCUAACAUAUUGCUCGCCAGGAAACUUCAUUUGUUCAACAGGUAGUAGUGCCAUUUUUUCGGUGCAGUUAUCUGGUGAGCAAAACUCAAUGAUUCACGAUGAAAUGACAAGAUGCAGUUCGAUAAAUAAUUAUGAAGAUCGAAGUCAUUUAGCUGUAAAAUUGUUCGACAAUAAGAUCUAUAGACUUCAAAUACAGUUAUACUGUGUAAAUAUUAAGGAUUAUGAAAAUCCACAUAGACAAGAACCACUUUUAGUUGGAACAAAUUGCAACUUAGCUCAAAAUCUAGAUGUAUGGGUUGAUCUGAAUAAUGAUGGCAGCUUUGAUGAGAGUACGGAGCGAUUUUCUUACAAUGAUCAGCAUUACGAUGACAACAUGAAGGGUUACUAUGAUUUAAGUAUUGCCAUUCCUGAGAUCGAUGAAGAAAAUAGCGUUAACAAACCUCACAAAAUGCGCAUAAUCUUAUCAAGAGAUGAACAAUCUCGGCAACCUUGCAACAACGCCGACUACGGCGAAGCACGAGACUAUACAGUACAUAUCUUACGGAAAUCUUAUUAUUGA